AUGGAGCCGUUGCCAGCGCAUCAGCCUCUCCUCGAGGAUGACACCGAUGAGGAGCUUUCCGAUCAGCAGAUCAAGGAGCUGCUGAACGAGGCCGCCGAGCGCAUGCGCGCAAAGGCAGCCUUGCAGCCAGUUACUGUAUCAGAUGCGCCUUUCAAGCUUCCCAAGCUGAGGCCCGGGCAUAUCGCCGACACAUACGAGAAGACCGAGGGCAACAUCACUCGUCUUGAUCACUCGAAGCUAAUCGACAAGAAGCAGCUGGCUCUUGCUAACGGUAUCAAGAAGAUCGAUGACCCCAUCGCCGACAAGCGCAAGCGGAAAGAGGAGAAGAAGGCUACUGCUGGCGCUGAAUGGUUUAACAUGCCCAAGACCGACCUCACUCCCGAGCUCAAGCGUGACUUGCAGCUUCUUAAAAUGAGGAACGUCUUAGACCCCAAGCGGCACUACAAGAAAGACAAUGCGAAGAACGAUGUACCAGCGUUCUCACAGGUCGGCACCAUCAUCGAGGGUCCUACAGAGUUCUUCAGCAGCCGCCUGAGCAACAGGGACCGCAAGCAGACCCUCCUGGAGGAAGUCGUCAAUCAGGAGGAGAACAGCGGUCGCUUCAAGCGCAAGUACAACGACAUUUCCGUCAAGAAGGCCAGCGGAGGCAAGAACUUCUACAAGAAGCAGCAGGCGAAGCGCAACAAGGGCAGGGUCUCCAAGCCUUGA